CUUUGCUUUGCCGCCACUUCAGUCUUAACCCUUUGGCUUUGGUCUUCAAUCUUCAUGCUUCCUGCCUUCCUCUGCAAUUGCUGCCGUCCCUAAUCCAUUCUCCAAAGUCAAAACUCCAAACUCUAAUCUUGAUCCAUAGCAAUUUCCACACUUGCUCAUCGAUCAAUACCCAAUUUCUUGCCGUUGGAUUUUCCUCCAGGAAUUUGGGCGAUAACCAGUUCAGCGGCCCAAUACUUGCCUCACUGUCAAAGAAGAAUGGCUUAAAUUUAGUUUCUGUACUAAAACUCCACCGCUAAAACCCUAAAAACCGAUGGAGGGGAGUAGCAGCGAAGAACUCGCGAUGUAUAGAGCUCCAGAAGAAUUUGAAGAAGUGAAAAAGGACCCUCUUAUUGAACUCAAUUUAAACGAUUCAAAGGAGCUCUGGCUGAUUCAAUGGCCCGUUAAUCAAGCUCCUGAUUUGAAUGGACAGCAAGUGUCUUUAAAGUUUCACCAUGAUGGACAUCUGGGUAGUUUCGAGGGUUCAUCUGGAAAAUCGUAUGAAGUGGUAAGUUUCAAAUCACAGGAGCCAGAAGCGACUGUAUUCCUGUCAUCAACAUCAGAGUCCAGAAUCGCUGGGAAGAUCUCACGGCGCGUUUCUCUACUGCAUUAUCCGGAGCCCAGUGAACUGAAAUCUGGUGGGUUAGCCAUUAAACAAAUGGUGCAAAGGUCUGCUGCUUCCUUGACAAGUUCAGCACAUCGUUAUACAACUCCUACGCAAAGUACAAGGACAAGAAGUUUAGGGGCUGUGAGUGGCUAUACUUCCUCUAUACGUACUCCAAGAAACAGAAGUUCUGGGUCCGGGGAUGCAUCAAAGAGUCCAUUGAGAAGACCUGUGGAUGAGCCAGGCAGGUCCAUUGACCAUUCUGUCCAAGAUUCAGGAAAAGAACAUAGAGCUGAUGUCUCUUCUGGAUCAUUAGAACAUCCUGAGCAAAAAAAAUCGAAUAAGAAAAGGAAAUUUGAAGGUUGAAGAUGUUCUGAUUGUUAGAGACGUGGAAGAACUUCAGUUUCAGUUAUAUGUUGCAUUGAUCCAAAUUUUAACUUUUUCAUGGCAACAAUUGAUCCUUCUUCACAAUGUAGCCUAUUUAUAUACCGUACCAAUUUUAAGUUUGGAUCUGUUCUCCAAUGUGCAUGGAAAACAAUGAGCUGAAAAAAGAGAAAUUUUGAUUUGACCAUUAAGGUGCUUUCAUUGC